UAGCUGGCGGUCCAGGAGCCGUGAAUGACGCACAGCCGGCGCCAGGUUCAAAGUGCCGUCUCUCCCCCCCUCCGCCGCUGCCACAGCCGCCAGAGUGUGACUGAGCCGCGGGUUGUAACGCCCGAUCCCACCCCCCCACCCCCCGCAGCCGCCGGAGUUAACUGUUAACUGACGCUGAGCAGCGGCCAGUAAUGCCCAUGCCCACUCCCCAUCUCCCUGCCAGCGCAGCAGCUUAAAUUCCACCCUACCCCUAAGCUUAGUGACCCGCGGCCUGUAAUGCCCUCCCCACCUCCACCGGAGCACUGUCUGCAAGUGAAUGAUGGUCCGAGGCCCUAUCCUAACCGUGGCACACCCCUGGGCGUCUGGCAGGAGAGUCAACUCGCCCUCCACAUGAAGACCUCCAGAUUCUGCACUGCACAGUGGUCGGGAAAUACUCCUCAGCUUUCUCCUGGCUGCGCUGCGCAGGGCAGAGAGUGUCCACAUCUUCGGCUUUGAGUGGUCUCGGGAAGAAUUCCUGGCUGGUUCUCGGUGUGAAUGUUUCCCCAGCUUCCCGUCUCUCCCCCCAGCCUCACCUUCCACGACGGGUUCUCUGACCCCCUGAAUUGGAGGAAGAGCUCACAGUCAUUUACGUUGGAGGAGUUUUCUGUGAAAGGAAUAUGGCAACGAGUGGGGAGUCCAACCGGUGCGGUCACUAUUAUCCUGGACUCUCUGAGCUGGAUAUUGUCACGAUGUCCCCUUGCAUCUGUCUGUCACACCCUGCGAGACUUACCCCGACAUCGGACGCAGGAUGGUCCCCAGGAUGUGCACGUUCUGGCCUUGCUGCACUCCGAUUUACACGUCCCGGGGGUGUUGCAGUCCGUCUGUCUUCUUGCUGACUCUGUGAUCAACGUGACGGACAGCGGGAGGAGUCAGAAAGCCACCAUCGUACAUCGCAAGAAGUCUGGCAGAGUUGUCACCCACGUGGAACACAUCAGAGUCUGUGAUGACUUCUCUCUAGAAACAGUCAAUGAGGGGGAGAGGGAACCAGAGCACAGACCUAAGGUGGAUACCACAGUGAAUCUGACAUUUAAUCCUCGUCUGUCAGAAUCUGAGCGAGACCUCAAGGAAUCUUCAAUUCUACCAUAUACAUUUAGUGACAACAAGAAAUUGUCUCUUCUGCAGUCUGCCGCGGGAUCCGCAAAGAUUUACUAUGAUCCAGACCCGACCGAUGACCUGGAUGACGAGGACCCGGACGAUGACCUGGAUGUGUAGCGUCGGCCGCAUGUAUAAGGAAUUUCCCUCCCUGUGUAUUGUACUGAAUGUGGCUGCUCCCACGUCACCGCCUCCAGUACACGCCAGAUCUGCGCAGUUAUAUUUCAUGUUAUCACACUUUGUAUUUAAGACAAUAAAAUGACUUCAGCAGCAA